AUGUUAAAAAAUACACCCUCAAAAGUAACACUAAAUUAUCAAGAGACUUAAGAAGAAACAGAUCCUGAAGGAUAUACUCUUAUUUAUGAGUAGGAAAUAGUGUGUUAGAUAGUAGUGGAUGAUGGAGAAUAAUAGCAAACACAAGAAACUCUGAAUGUUAGAGUAUUGAUUUUAGGAAGUGAGCAAACCCUUGAGAAAAUGAAAAUUGAAUUAAGUUGUGAAAAUGAUCUAUUCUUCCAUUUUAUUCAUGAAGUAAAUGAAGAAACAUUUCAGCAGAUCAAAGAAGGGUAACAAUUAACAGCCUCAUUUAUUGAUUAUCCUGCUAUCUGUGUCAAAUGUCUCGACAAAGCUCACAAAGACCCAAACAAGUACAGUGCAGUUUUAAGAAUUACUUAAGAAGGGGAUGCUGUGAUUGAAAUAAUACAACACACUGAAUAUAAAAAUGUAGAAUUGAUCCAAUUCUAAUUUGUCUCAUUGCCUGAAGAAUCUAUUCGUAUGGCAAUCACCAAAAAAUAUUAAAAGGUCAAAUAAAAGCUCUAAUAGAUGGAAAACAAAUUAAAGGAUAUUAAUGAUGUUGUUAAAGUUAAAAACCCUUAGCUGUUAUUACAAAUGCAAAGAAUGAACAGAUGA